AUGGAUGGAAAAAUAAUCUCGGCUAAAGAUCACGUGGUAGACAAUUUCAACACAAAACGUCACGUGCAAAUCACGAUUUGUGAGACUAAGCCUCGAUCUAUAUACAACAUCCUUUUGUGGACUGUGACGUUGUCCCUAUCAGCUGUCUCCGCUGCAUACAUACGACCUGUCGUUUUUACGAAUGGGACCAUAGGAGUCGAGGUCAUACAAACAGAUGACCGAAUAGUGAUUCCCGGAGACGGCAAUAAUCCCGACGAAGAAAAAAUUGAUAUGGAUGCCUUCGAGUUUCCCCUGACCAAACAGGAUGUUGUCUGGUUAGGGUCUUUACUACACCUCCCGGAACAACACGAGGUACGGAUUCGAAAGGAAUACCGUGCAAUGACUGAAGGAGAAAGGCUGAAAUUUCAUUUGGCACUCAAUAUUCUCAAAAACGAUACGUCAGUAAGCCUCAACAAGUAUGACCUACUGGCCAACAUCCAUUCUCGUGCGUCUGCUAAUAAAGCUGCGCACGCAGGUCCGGGAUUCCUCGGAUGGCACAGAGUCUUCCUGCUGAUGAUGGAGAACGCUCUGCGGCAGGCGUGUCCUAACGUAACAAUUCCGUACUGGGACGUCACUCUCGACGGACGAAUGGAAAAACCUUAUCAGUCGAUCAUCUGGUCAGAUGAUUUUCUGGGUUCAGGUCACGGUCAAGUGAUCGAAGGUCCUUUCAAGCAUUGGGAAACUCAGUUUGGAUUCGGCCAUCUACAGCGCCUUAUCUCGGCGCAAGGGCGCCUAAUUUCUGAUGCCGAUAUAAUACAGAUACUAUCUCAGAGACGAUUGGGAGAUAUCAGUUAUUUUUCUGCUAGCCAAGAGAGUAAUAUAGAAGCGCUACACAAUAGAGUUCAUGUUUGGGUUGGAGGUCAAAUGAGGAAAAUUGAGAUAGGCGCAUUCGAUCCUAUUUUUUACCUUCUCCAUUCGUUCGUAGACAAGAUAUGGGAGGACUUCCGGUCCCAUCAAAGGAGAGAAGACGUCGACCCUCAGAGGGAUUAUCCUCAAUUUUACGGAAGAGCUGGUCAUGCCCCACUAGCUCCGAUGGGUCUUGGCAGUCUCGUUGUUUUAGAUGGCCUCAGUGAUGUAUGGAAUCACAGGGUGCAAUAUCAACCGCGACCUACGUGCAGCGCAACUACCACGCAAUCGAGUUGUGACUCUCCGUAUUUGAGAUGUAACUCAAAAUCUCUCUGUGUUUCUAUCACUAUAACAGAUGCCCUGGCAUUAUCUAGAUCAGAACAAGUAAAAGGUGCACCAAAAGAAAAUCAUACGCCGCCAAAAACAGAAAAUCUGCCAUUAGACAAAAAUACUGACACUUCCGGUAUACAGAACAACUCGCACAUAUUCGAUGCUGAACAUAAAGCCGAGGAUUCAUUAUUUACGAGUAAUCAGUCACUGGACACCGUAAAUAUAGCCGCUCGUGAUUACAACCGCUACAUAAUUCAUUAUAACAUAUACAUUGGCGGAUUCCACUCUUUACGUCAUCAAUCACGUCAUAUCUACCAAUACCCAUGA